AUGUCAGAAGAGAGAGAAGAAAACGCGCCAUCCAGGGCUACGCUAAAUACUCAGCGACUUUCGGCAAUGAUCGAUUCGCUGAACAAUGAGAAAGAUGACAGGCUCUUUCAAUCUCCCACAACUACUAGUACAAUGAUCCCAGAUGAAAAGGGGUACCAAAGUAAUGUCUUUAAACCGCCAUCAAGACUAUUGAGAUCACCUGCUGGUGACGUUUCGUUACCAACUGGUGACAACAGAUCAAGUAUGAUUUCCAACUACUCUGGAGUUAUCCAAGAAGGCGUUGAAGUAUCGUAUAUAGUCAAGAACCAGCAACAGGGCGGAGAGCGGCGUACUAGUAAAGAUUCCAGUAGUUUGAGCUCCUUGAAACAGCCCGUGAGCAGGGAAGAUUUGCCAAUGUUACCAAUGUUGCCCUCAGAAGCGACAUUGACAAAACAUCUAAGUGAUAAUCAAAGCCCUAAUUCGAAAACUGAUGGAGACGAAAUUAUCAUUAAACCAGUUACUAAUGCCAAACCUGUGGGGAGGUUUAACUCUAACACUUCGAAAAAAGUAGAGAAUCGCGGGUCACUGAAGUUGUUAUCUAGUCCUCGACGUCAAGAAAAGGAUAUGCGUUCCUCUAUAGGUUCAGGUAAUUUGGCUAGCGAGAGCGGAUCUUCCAGCUAUAAUGCCAAGUUCCACCAAUCUAUUCAAGAGCAGUUAGAGGAAGAAGAGGAGGCAAAUGCUAGUGAUAAGCUUUCGAUUGUUUCCAGCGUGAUACCGGACUUGUCUACAAAGACUAACGAGGUGCCCAAAGAGAUGAACCCAAUACGUUCUGAAACCAAUGACUACAAUCCAACCAUCCCACCCAGAAGUAAGGAUCGUCCUAGGUCAAGGUUGUUCAUCCAAGAAGAUGACGGCGAGGGCGACUUUUUAAAUGAAGAAAUACUAUCAACACCGGUCUCAACUGCUGGCCACUAUAAGAACCCGUCUCAGAUUUCCACAGUUAGUGAACAAAAAUCGGAAUCGUAUUAUUCCGCAGCAACUAGUAUGCCUCCAGAGGAAGACACUUACUUGACAAGACCAUUGCCCAGUACGCCCAAUGAGGAUUGCAGGGAUACUUCAGGUUUGAAACGUGACGACACUUUGAAGGCUAUACACGAUAGAACAAAACAUAUCUCCUCUACGACAAACGAACUAGACGAUGACAAGUACGAGGACAUUAUUGAGGAAACUCCCAAAAAAGCUAAACUCAAGAAGGAUGCAAAGAAAAAGCUCGAUAAAAAGAAGUCUGUGAAGGAAUUACGAUCAUUUGAUAUCGAUACACUAAACCAACUGUUGAGUGUGACAAAGGGAACCCUAAUCGGGUCUGAGUUUGCGCAACUGGGGAUGAAAAUAGAGGAGAAACGUGCCUUGGAAAGACUAGUAGACUCAUUGUCCAGGUUGACAGCAGAUAUGGUUCUUGAUCCCGACCGUUAUGAAGAAGGAUUGAAAAGAUUAGACAAAGCUACAAAGGCGCUUGAAGGGUUUUGA